AUGAAGCAUGUGAGUACUGCCUUUGGAGAGGAGCCCGCGCCGGUGGAUCUGCCAGAGGACCACAUCUCUGUGAGGCAGUUGAUGGCCUACCUUUGUCAAGGGACGACCACUGAAGAGGGCUUGGCUCGCGCUUUUGCGGUGCUCUCCCCCAGCACGGUGGUAGCUUCCAACACCUUGCCGCUGGAAACGGCCCACCGCACCAUCUUCUCGCUCGGCGCACGGCCCCUACCCGGCAGCAGCUCGGGCGACGGGCGGCCACCCUUCCCGGCGGUGCAGAAGUUCAGCGAGGAGCUGGACAGCAAGUACGACGGCAACACGAAGGCCACCGCGGCGGUGGGAAAGACCGAGGCCUUUGAGUUGAUCAAAGCCUUAAGCCUCGGGCGAAGACAUCGCCGCGCCGAGGUAGAGAAGAUCUUCCCGAAAGUGAAAUGA